UCCAUUUAUGAAUGAAUGGUAAGUUUGAAAACAUAUGAUAUAUGAUAUAUGUUACAUUCAUAGGGUAGGAUAAGACUUCAAGAUGGUUGAAUGUUCGGUCCAUAUAUACAAUGACCUUAAUUGCUUCCUUAUAUAACUCCAAUAGAAUAUAAACUAUUUACCAAUCUAUCACAUCAAUUCAAACAUUAAGCUUAUUUUCCAAUACAUUCCAUAUAUAAUGGGAGUAGAAAGAAUCCAAACCUUGGCUUUCAGUAACCAACUUAAGGAGCUUCCACCACAGUUCAUUCGCCCAGUUAAUGAGCGUCCUGAGAACACUAAAGCUGUGGAGGGUGUAACCGUACCCGUGAUUUCUCUCUCUCAACCACACCAUCAUCUCCUCGUGAGGGAAGUCGCCGAGGCGGCUUCCCAAUGGGGAUUCUUCCUCUUGACCAACCACGGCAUAUCCCCGUGGCUGUUCAAACUGUUGCAAGAGGUGGGGGAGCAGUUCUUUGCCCUGCCUCAGAAGGAGAAAGAGGCUUAUGCUAAUGACCCUUCUAAUGGGAACUUUGAAGGUUAUGGGACAAAGAUGACCAAGAACCUUGAAGAGAAGGUGGAGUGGGUUGACUAUUUUUUCCAUAUCAUGGCUCCUUCUUCUAAGGUCAACUAUGACAAGUGGCCCAAAAACCCUCCUUCCUAUAGAAAUUUUAAUUUAUAUUUUUUAAAAGAAUACAACAAAGAGAUGUUAAGAUUGACAAAUGAGGUUUUAGAGCUUCUGUCGGAAGGGUUAGAGUUAGAGAAAAAGACAUUGAAGUCAAGUUUAGGAGACGAGAAAAUAGAAUUAGAGAUGAAGAUCAACAUGUAUCCACCAUGCCCACAACCUGAACUUGCAUUGGGAGUAGAGCCUCACACUGAUAUGUCAGCACUUACCUUGCUUGUCUCAAAUGAAGUUUCUGGCCUCCAAAUUUGGAAGGACAACAAAUGGGUCGCCGUUGAUUACUUGCAAAAUGCAAUCUUUGUUCACAUUGGUGAUCAACUUGAGAUACUAAGCAAUGGAAAGUACAAGAGUGUUCUGCAUAGAAGUUUGGUGAACAAGGAAUGCAAGCGCAUGUCAUGGGCAGUUUUUGUUGUGCCACCACAUGAGGUAGUGAUUGGGCCUCUUCCUCCGCUUUUCAACGAUCACGAUCCUCCCAAAUUUUCAAUAAAAACGUAUGCUGAAUAUCGUCACUGCAAAUUCAAUAAGCUUCCCCAAUAGAACAAAUUAUAUGAAAUCAGCACAUGAAUGUGGGUUAUUGCUUAUGCGAAAUUAAGUUUCCUAAUAGCAUAAUUAAGGAAUUUGGUCGCAAUAAGCUCUUCUU